ACGUGUGGUCUUACUGAGAGUCAGCUGACCGCACGCGCUACAUAACGCAGAGCAAGUCACUAGAAAUUCUAGAUGUAAUGAGAUGUUAUUAACCGAGAAUCUCCUGAGGAAUAGUUUUACAAUGCUGGGAUUCUUGGAAUGUUAUAAAAAGCGCGUUCACCGUUAGAUUGAAUUUAUUGUUUAUUGUGUGUUUUGUGGGGAAAUUUGGGUUUAGCUUGGCGUAGAACACUGGGUCUAGACUGCUUCAUCAGGUAUAUACAGGUCUCCUGAUUGGCGCAACACUCGUCCUCUCGCAAUUUCAGCAAUACUCAAUCGACUCGCAGGAAAUACAUAUGCUGUGGUCUCUUCUGAGUUCACCGCUGGCCUGUAGAUCAGCAGCAUGGAUCCAUUAGGCGCGCGCUCUCAGAUCGUGUAUGUGGAGACGCUUCCCACCUGGGACCAGCCUGAAGAUGUGUGUGAUGGCAAGGAGGAAGCAGGUUCUCCUAAGAAGGAAGAGGUUGACGAUCUGACCGAUGUAAACUCUCCCGUUUCUCCAUUUCCAUUCAGAGAGGAUAUCAACAGGAAAAUUAUUCUAUUCAAAGGUGAUGUGGCACUUUUGAACUGCACUGCCAUUGUGAAUACGAGCAACGAGACCCUUACAGACAAGAACCCGAUCUCAGACAGCAUCCACAGACACGCAGGCCCUGAGCUCAGAGAUGAACUUUUCAAACUGAAAGGAUGUCGGACAGGGGAGGCAAAAAUGACCGAGGGCUUCAACUUGGCUGCACGAUUUGUUAUACAUACAGUUGGCCCCAAAUAUAAAGCCAAGUAUCGCACAGCUGCUGAGAGCUCCUUAUACAGCUGCUAUAGAAAUGUCCUGCAACUUGCCAAAGAGCAUGGCAUGGCCUCGGUGGGUCUCUGUGUGAUCAGUACUGCUAAGAGAGGAUACCCCACUGAAGAUGCUACUCACAUAACCUUCCGGACCGUGCGAAGGUUUCUGGAGACCCAUGGGGAAAGCUUAGAGGCGGUGGUGUUUGCAGUGUCAGAUGCUGAGGAGGCAGUGUAUAGGAAGUUACUGCCUCUUUAUUACCCACGCUCAAAGGAGGAGGAGAGACGCAGCCUGCCUCUACUGCCUGCCGACAUCGGGAACGCAGAGGGGGAGCCGGUGGUGCCCGAGAGGCAGAUCCGCAUAACCGAGAAGCCUGGCAUCCUGGAUGAUGGCUCCGAGGGUGAUUCUGAAGACUCGGACCUAGGACUGGUGGGUAAUCACGCUUUCGCUCGAAUGGAAGGAGACGUGGAUAAGCAGCGAAGGCUCAUUCUUCAGGGUCAGCUCUCCGAAGUGACCCAACAGAAGCAGCACCAGAGGAAUUAUAACCGCUGGCUGUGCAGAGCGCGAGCAGAGGACCUCUCGGACAUAGCUGCUCUAAAGGCCUUAUAUCAAACCGGUAUUGACAUGUAUGGCAGAACAGUAAUGGUGGUGGUAGGCAGAAACAUUCCAGUAACACUCAUCGAUAUGGAGAAGGCUUUGCUAUAUUUCAUCCAUGUGAUGGACCACAUCACAGUCAAGGAAUACGUGAUGGUGUAUUUCCACACGCUCACCGGUGAACAUAAUCACCUAGACACCGACUUCCUCAAAAGGCUCUAUGACAUUGUUGAUGUGAAGUUUAAAAAAAAUCUGAAGGCUUUCUACUUUGUUCAUCCCACGUUUCGUUCGAAGGUAUCCACGUGGUUCUUCACGAUGUUCGGUGUUCCUGGGAUGAAGGAGAAGGUCCAUCACAUAGACAACCUGCAGCAGCUCUUCACUUGCAUCCUACCGGAACAGAUCGACAUCCCUCCCUUUGUGCUGGAGUAUGACAGCAGGAUGAACGGCUCCUACUGAAUUUCCCGCUCAUCGAGCCUAUAAAAUAAACCCGGCAGGUGGUUUUGACUGGGCCUUUAUUGAAUGCCCAGCAUUUGGUUGAGCUCCCAGAAGGACAUGGUUUGCGGUUACAUGAACUCGGUAUGGGUAUGUCGGCAUGGAGAAGUCCGUCCCUUCCAUUACAGUGAUGCAUGUGAACCUGCUAAAGGAGACCGCCUCAAUGCCCUCCCUCCUUCCAGUCUAGAAGUUUGCUGCAGUCGCUGUGCUGAGGCUGUUUGCACUGGUAAUAUUUCACUGAUGACUGCAUGUGAUUGAACCGAAAAGCAGAAAGGUACCUUGUUAACUUAAGUGCCUUCAGAUGUCUAUUCACUUCUAGCAGUGUUAACCCCCCCCCCACCACCACCACCACCACCACCACCACCUUUCUACACUUAUGUUCGACGUCCAGAAGAAUGAUUUUCUGUCAUCAGCAACACUUCCUUAUUAUUCUUAUUUCACACAGUCGGGUUACUGCCUCGGUGAACUACCUACGCGAGCUGCUUUCUUUCUGAAUGUGAAUAGACAGGUUCCCUUGAUUGGACCGUGGCCAAAUGAUGUUUAAUUAAAAUCAUUAUUCUAUAAAUAUUUAAAUGAACUCAUUUUUAAGUUCUCUCUCUUGCACAGUAUUACCGAAUAAUGAUUUCACAUGUAGACAGUCGGGAUUUAUUUUUUAUUUUUUUUUGUAAUACCCUGUCCUACUUCAGCUUUUCUUUUCUUUUCUUUUCUUUGUUUUUUAAUCCACCCUUGUUUAAUUGAUUGCACUGUAUCUGAUUCCGUAGAACCUCCUUUUGUUUGCUUUGGAAUAUUGUUUUAUUACAUCUUUUAGUCUUUUAUAGGCCGUACAUGACACUAAAUGUAUAGGGGGGGGGGGUUAGAAACCUGCUUGCUCUAGGUACAAAUGAUAAUGGGAAAGGAAAAACUAGUGUGAUUUUGAGCAUGUGGGGUGAGUGAUUUUUUGAAAAAAAAAAAAAUUAAAUACAGAAAUAAACGCACUAAGUUUGUUAAAGGUGCUGAACGUUUCCGUGCCGCCCCGAAGCAGUGUAAAUGUAUCUGUAUUCGAGUUCAAAGUUGUUUUUUCCAAAUACACCGUGUAUUGUUAUCCUCAGUCUUGCUCUUUUGAUAUUUUUACUCUACACUGUAGAUUUCUGUAAGAGUUAUUAAUGUCUUGAAUGCGCAAUAUAGAGAGGAACCCAGCUGGUGUCCAAAACAUUUAUUUCUGUAAUUACUCUACACACUUGCUGUCCAAAUGUGAAGGUCAUUUUUGCGCUGUAUGGAAGCAUUUAGAAUAUACUUUUAGAUUAAUAUAAGGCAAAUAAAUAAAUAACCUUUUCCUCUCA